AUGGAGCUUAUUGUUAUGAUCUUCAAGCGUCUGGGCUCCCGUGGGGCAGAUUGGGCAAAUGGUUAUCGGAAGAAAGAGACACGAGGCGAUGACGAUCGCUUUCAUCGCUUUGAUAUUUGGCGAGACAUGGUCAAUGUCGCUGCGACCUGCAGAAGAAUCCACGAAUGCAUCACGCCGAUGAUCUACCGACUGGAUAGCUAUGCCUUCCACUCUUCCGCCCUACUCCUCUCCGCGAAAAGGGGCAACGUGGCCGGCAUAUUGAAAGCCUUGGAGUUUGGGGCACAAAUCGACUCUCCGGAUUGCACCGAGUUGUGGAUUUUGGACGAGAAAAAGACCACCCGAACACCAAUUGCUCUGCGGCUCGCGUCCUUGCAUUGGGCCUUGUACCACCGGCACCUGGACGCCAUGGAUAUUCUAUUGCAACGCGGUGCCAGCCCUAAUGACGUGGUGCCCGUGAAGUUGCCUUUUCCUGAUACCCGGCUUAAUUGCCCCGCAUCCAACGCGAUGAAAUCGGUGUACAAAUCGCACACGCGUUGGGACCGUUUUUACUCCUGCGAGCGGGCCGAGACACUUCUCGACGAAGGUGCCAACGCUCUCUAUCUAACCCUUCUGGAGUCGUCCAGGUACAGCUGCAACUAUUAUGAUAGGAACGAGGAAGGAUCUCAGGCCCGCGCGGAUGCUGGGACUGACGCAGCGAGACUACUGAUACGGGCUGGAGCAUCGUUGAUCACACACACCGGGUUGGGACUUCACGCACUUCACCAAGCAUGCUGCGGCUACGAUUUCGAGAUGACCAGGUUCCUGUUGGAAGAGGUCGGAGCGGACCCAAACGUCAAAGACCCACUCGGGAACACACCGAUGCAUUACAUGGCGCUUGCCGUCAAAUCAUCAUAUGACCCUUACCAAAACGACCCCUACCGAAACGACGUGAGGCAAUUGAUCAGUUUACUCCUCCGUCAUGGAGCGGACAUCAACGCUGAGAACGCAGCCGGAUACACUCCGCUGCACUCUUUUCUGCGUUCUGAAUGGUCAAGAUUCUCUAAUGCUGAGACUGAGGCAUGCUUUGCGUUUCUCGACGUAGGUGCUUACGUUAUUUCGGAGCGUUUGCUAGAUUUCUAUCUAUCGACGAGCCGUAGGCCCUUGUCCGAUGACAGGAAACAAAUAGUCUUGGACGCAGAAACCAAAGGCCAAAACAUCUACUUAUCGAGGAUAGAUGAGAAUGACUCAGAAACCGACGAGAUGGACUCGGAUUUUGACGAGGACGAUUCGGAUGUGGAUGAAGAUGAGGUGGAGCUCAGCGAGGAGGAAGCAAAAGCGGUCAAUAUCCAACUGUGCAAACUGUGGUGUAGGAAAUUUGGCCAGUCGGAGCCAACCCAAAUUAUCAGCAGCGAGCUUGGAUGA